CUCAAACUCAAUCACGUAUUAACAGGUGUCUAUUUGAAUAAUAUACCAGUCAUCACCACUCAUUAAUUCUCCGAGAUUCCUCCCCUUCUCUAAUCUCUCUCACUUCUACUUGCUAUAAAUAAACCCCAACCCCAAAAUUUAGUCUCUCUAACAUUCUCCAGCACACUAAAGUCGCCCAGAGAAGAUUUGUUGAAUUAUUGCCGGAAAUCAGUACUUUUCCGGCGAUAAUUUAUAAAAAUCCGAUCAUAUUUUAAAAUGAAUCGAAAAGGUAUAAGUUACAAGACUAGAGCGAAAGUUAAAUUAAAUGAAGAUGAAGCUGCGGUGAUCGAGAAUAAAGGAUAUAAGAUGGAGAAAAGAUUGGUGAAGUACGAAGAGUUGCCGGAAUAUUUGAAAGAUAAUGAGUUCAUUUUAGAUUAUUACCGUUGUGAAUGGUCGUUGAAAGAUACGUUUCUUAGCAUUUUUUGUUGGCAUAAUGAAACGCUUAACAUUUGGACGCAUUUAGGAGGAUUUUUGAUAUUUGCAGCAAUGGCGGUGGGGAGUUUGACGGAGAAUACAAAGGGUGAUGGACCUGUUUCCAGUUUUUUCAGGACCACAAUUGUCUCGGCACCAUGGAUGACAAUGUUAGCCAUGGAUUCCAACAAUGGCUCACGGAAUGCUAGUCCAGGUCCACAUCUUAGACACUUUAAAGAGUCCUCACUGUUGGAUAUCAGCAAAUUAGAAGCUACACAACUCAUACCAAUGUGGCCAUGGUUUGUCUUCCUAGCAGGUGCAAUGUGUUGCUUGGUUUUCAGUUCGGUUUCGCACCUCCUAGCCUGUCAUUCAAAGCAUCUAAACCUCUUCUUUUGGCGUUUAGACUACGCAGGCAUCUCUGUUAUGAUAGUCUCUUCUUUCUUUGCCCCAAUUUACUACGCCUUCUAUUGUCGACCUAUCGUUAGCCUCCUCUACCUCACAUCCAUCACCAUUCUCGGUGUUCUAGCCAUCAUUACCCUACUUGCUCCCGCCCUGUCCUCCCCUCGCUUCCGCACAUUCAGGGCCUUCCUCUUUCUAAGCAUGGGCUUAUCUGGUUUGAUCCCGGCUGUUCAUGCAGCAGUCCUCAAUUGGGGUCACCCAGAGGUGUUAAUAGCCCUUGGAUACGAGGUACUCAUGGGCAUCUCAUACGCUAUCGGAGUUUGGUUUUAUGUUAGUAGGGUUCCCGAACGUUGGAAACCCGGCGCCUUUGAUCUUGCAGGCCACAGUCAUCAGAUUUUUCAUGUGUUUGUAGUGGUUGGAGCUCUCAUUCAUAGUGCAGCUAUUCAGAUUGUUUUGCAUUGGCGACGGAGCACGCCUUCUUGUUUUUAGUUGCUAAACAGCAUAGAGAUAUACAUUAUUUAUUAUUUACCCCAAAAUUCAUAAAUUAUAUCCCAAUUCAUAUUUAUUUUGUAAAGAUAUGAAUCUCAUGUAUUAAGAGUGACAUAUAUGAAAUUUGGGAUGACUGAUUGCAUGUCAUACCAAUACAUUGUUGUA